AUGAUGCAUAUUCACUUCCAACCGUACCCUGGCUUAGCGGACGCCCUUGGACGGGCAGAUCUCGGGGACCUGUCUGUUCUUAUAACCGGUGGCGGACAUGGUAUCGGGUUUAACAUAGCGACAUCGUUCGCCGAGAAGGGUGUAAAGCACAUUCUGCUCGUAGGACGUACGGAAUCACGAUUGGCGGAAGCAGCCAAAAAGCUCUCCUCUAUCUCUAUCAAGAGGACGUCCGUCAGCUACAAGGUCGCAGAUCUUUCUUCAGAAGAUGAGAUCCACCGGAUUUUUGAAACUCUCGAUGUCUCGCCCGAUAUUCUCGUUAACAAUGCUGGAUACAUGCCUACGCCCGAGCCGUUCCUCAACGCUGAUAUGUCGGAAUUCUGGUCUGGCUUUACGAUAAACGUGCUCGGUACUGCCCUCCUUACACAGGCAUAUCUGCAUCAUCGUCUGGAAAAAUUGAAGGUUCCAAUCAAUGCGCUGCCCGCAGUAGUCGUGACUCUCAAUACAGCUGGUGCAUAUGGAUCCGCGGGGCAUGUGCCGAAUCUCUCGGCUUACGUGGCGAGCAAGGCCGCUCUUGCGCGGUGGUCGGAAGCUAUGUCUGCUGAUAUUGACAGUCAGGUCGCUCGAUUCAUAUCCGUUCACCCCGGUGCUGUCGCGACUGACAUGCUUGCGAAGUCUCAGUUGGGCGGGGUCUACCCGUCUACAGAAGGCAAACUAGUUGGAGAUUUCGUCGUCUGGGCUACUACCGAGGAGGCCAAGUUUCUUGCUGGGAGGUUUGUUUGGGCGAAUUGGGAUGUGCAGGAGCUGCUUUCUCUAAGAGAUCAUAUUCUGUCGAAAGAUCUCUUUGUGACGAGCUUGGCGGAAUAG